UUUAGAAUUUACAGGAGAUACGUGCACAUUUCGCAAAAUGCAAGAUUGAUGCAGGGUGGAGACCGCGACGUAAGAUACAACAUGAGGUUCGUAAUUGGGAGCGUGGGAAUGGCUUUGAUUGGAUCGGAUGUCUGUUCAAAAGCAUGGUUGACUAAUGCUGCUUGUUCAAUGUCUCCAAAUGUUAUCGAGUUGAAGAAGCUUAAUGUACUUUCCUGUAUAAAAUUCAACAGGAAAUGUACUAGACUCAAUCAGAAAACAACUAUUUAUGAAUUCUAGGAAAUUGUUAAUAGUAUAGGUAUGAAAAAAAGAUAGAUCAAAGGAAGACGGAACAUCACACAAAGAUCAGCUUCAGCCAAAAGCAUUAUAUAGACGCAAAAAGAUUGCAUCAUUACAAAAGUAAUUAUAACAAGAAAACAAUCUUUAGCUUUCCAAAUCUGAAAUAUAAGUAUGUAAAAAUAUUGGGAGCUAAUACCGGU